AAACUUCAGCUGGUGGCAACCAUAAAAGCCCCUGUUGCUCGCAGCCAUGUCGCACGCGACGUCGACGCCGUCUAUCCGCGUAUAUGACUCGGCACCGCACCACAAUCGGUACUCGCUACCGCGCCGCUCUUCCUACGCCGCCCCAGGAGUCCCCAUGGCCAUACCAAAUGCUCGUGAGAGCCCGCCGCCGCCCUUACCUCCUCCACGUUACAUUGGCGAGCUCGCCGAGGGCCAAGACCCGGGCUGGCAGUGGGGCAAUACCCACAGUCCCAACGGCGCAGGCUUCGGGAGAUCGUCCGCCUCGGUGAAGCCUGGGUCGAGUCUGCUGGGCGGUGGAGGCGGCAUUGGUCGGGUGCAGCAUCACAGGGCGGAUGGCGACCGCUAUGCACACGGCCAUGCCCGGCGCGAGAGUGCGUCGUCGCGGUCCUUUGACGUGGACAUGAACACCGACGGCUCGGAUCGCAGUGACGAGGACCGCGGUCCAGCACGCCCAGCGUUGGGAAACCACCGAUUCACCAGCGAAAGCCAGCUUGGCAAGCAGACUCUCCAGAACUCGUCCCACGCAUACGACAAACAACUCCUGUCCAAGAUCGGCGGCCCAAAUACUCCUACAAGAACAUCCAACGCUGGCCUGUUCUCCUCUAGCGCGCAAGAAAACUCAACGGUCCCCCACAAUACUCUGAACAAACUCAACGGGCAAUUGAAGCCCCUCUCGGUGCCCGACCGGCUGUACUCGUCGCUCGAAUCACCCAUAUCCCGGUGGACGCCGUCAGGAGGAGUGUCGCCUGGGCAUUCGGGAUUCCGCAGUCCAGGAUUCGACCCCAGCUACGAUAGUGCCCAUCCACGGCGGUACUGCAGUCUGUCGACUCCCUCGACCGUGGAAGAGAGCGUAUCAGCCCAUCCCAGGCACCAGAGCUUCGACGUCAGUGUUUUCUCAGAGCAGGAAUUUGGCAUGGAAGACAGCGGUCUGCGCGACCUGAACAUCAACGACCGCAGCCCUGCAGGGUCCGACGAGUACCCCGGCUCCAAGACAGGCAUCAAGCGGCGGGCGUCAUCACCGCCCUCAGAAGCGGCGCGGGAUGACCGGCCAGUCGCGGGAGGUGGUAACGAUCUGUACCACCGGCGGUCUGCUCAGAUGCUGGUCAACCGCAACUCACCCGUGUCGCGCUUCCACGCGAACCAAGGGUCACUCUCGUCGACGUCGUCGCUCAGCCAGCGCACGGGGUCGUUUGCGUCGUCGUAUGGGCUGUCGGUAGCAUCGAGCGCGACGAGUUAUAAUGGUGGCGAGCAACGUCUGUCGCCAGGAGCCCUCUCGCCCUCGGUAGAAUCAGAGUUUGGCGCCGUCUCGCCGUUUACGGCUAGCAGGUCGCUCAACCCCAGUCCCCGGGCAUCUCUGUCUCGACCGCAACACCAGCGAGGUCCGUCCGACCACGAGUCGCACCACCGCACCAUGUCGGACGCCAGCCUCUCGCACUCGCGCCAGAAUAGCGGCGUCCAGCGCAUCGGGGGCCUCUUCAUCUGCGAGUGCUGCCCCAAGAAGCCCAAAAAGUUCGACAGCGCGGAGGAGCUGCAAACCCACGAGCUUGAAAAGCAGUACACUUGCGCGUACUGCUCAAACCGCUUCAAGAACAAGAACGAGGCCGAGCGGCACCAAAAUUCGCUGCAUCUACGGCGCCAUUCGUGGUCCUGCGCUGCGCUGUCCAGCGUCGAGGGCGCAUUUCACCCCUCUUCGGCACGCCCAGCCCUGGCCGACGUGUGCGGGUACUGCGGCGACGAGUUCCCCAAUCCUGCCGACUGGCCAGCCCGGUCCGACCACUUGAAUCACGUGCACAAGUUCGGCGAGUGCAACCAAGCAAAGAAGUUCUUCCGCGCCGAUCAUUUCCGGCAGCACCUGAAACACAGCCAUGCCGGGACCAGCGGGAAGUGGACCAACAUGUUGGAGAACGCGUGCAUGAAGGACGAACCCCCACCCAAGGAGAGGGUGUCAUCCGUAGGCUCCCUCAGCGGCUCAUCUGCCGGGGGGCUGUUGGCAUUGGCUCCGAAGCCGGGCGUAAUCGACGAGGUCCACGACGAGUCAUGAGAUGGGGGUUAUCGCGAAUUCAUUGAUUGAGCGAGCAUUCAUUCAUCAAAGCAUUUGAUCUAAGCACUUUGUUUCAUCUCCAAAACCUUGACAUUUUCACCAUAGGUUGGAUUUGGCCUUUUUUUUUUUUUUUU